ACGAAGAAACCAGCCUUUCCUUUUCAAUUUCCAACGUGAUCCUUGGCAUCAACCGAGACACCUGACAGUUACUGGCACUCUCCCUCAUCCUGAUGAUCCGUCCUCGAUUUAUCUUCUCUCAUCCUUUCUGGCUCGGACUGGGACUCAUUUUCUCUUAUCUCUAUGGAGCUCUUUCUUCAAUUCAAGGAGGUCUUAGCUUCAAUGACAUUCUACCAGAAGAUCCCAAAAUGUACGACAAAAUGAAACCACCUAAGAAAGAUGGCAAACCCACCAAAGUUUUCUUUCAUGUAACUGUAAUGGGUCUAGAUUCCAUCAAUGAAGGAUCUAUGACAUAUGCGGCUGAUAUAUUUUUUGCUCAAACGUGGAAAGACCCCCGCUUGCGUUUACCCGAAAAUAUGACUUCUGAAUACAGACUCCUGGAAGUCCAGUGGUUAGAGAACAUGUGGAGGCCGGACUCCUAUUUCAAGAACGCCAAGUCUGUUACCUUCCAAACAAUGACGAUUCCAAAUCACUAUGUGUGGCUGUAUCAAAACAAAGAUAUUCUUUACAUGGUGAAACUGACGCUAACAUUGUCUUGUGCUAUGAAUUUUGCAACCUAUCCACAUGAUACGCAGACGUGUUCUUUACAAAUGGAAAGCUUAUCUUAUACGACUGAUGAUUUGCUAUUUGACUGGGAAGAAACUAUGCCAUUGGCUGUUGAUGAGAACAUUGAACUCCCGCAGUUGGAUUUGGUCAAAACGGAGAGAGGAGAUUGCACUCAAGUAUAUUCGACAGGAAAUUUCACAUGUCUUCAGGUAAUUUUCACUUUGAAACGACGUCUUGGCUACUAUUUGUUCCACACGUACAUUCCAACGUGCUUAAUUGUCAUUAUGUCAUGGGUUUCAUUCUGGAUAAAGCCAGAAGCUGUUCCAGCUCGAGUCACACUUGGGGUAACAAGCCUACUAACUCUUUCUACUCAACAUGCAAAAAGUCAAGCUUCUUUGCCACCGGUUUCAUAUAUCAAAGCAAUAGACAUUUUCAUGUCAAGCUGCACAUUUUUCGUUUUUCUUUCUCUUAUGGAAUAUGCUUUGGUCAAUGUGGUACUUGAAGAUGAACAAGCUACUUUUAGACAAAUGAACAACGAUAACACUCGGAUUUUUAAUCUUCAACCAAAGCUUGCUGGUUUGACACCUGUUCAAAAGCGCCGAAAAAAAGCUAUAAAAAUUGACCGAUUUUCAAGAAUACUUUUCCCCUUAAGUUUUAUCAUCUUAAAUAUAUCAUACUGGGUGUAUUAUGUGGGCUUACUGUAAUCAGUCCGAAUAAUACCAGUUAUUUCAACACUGUUUGAGAAAACUGAGAUAAAUAUGAAAUGGGAGUAGCGAAUUAAUUGCAAAUUAAACCAACCAAAGAUCGUAUGUUAAAAAAAAAGAUUAAAAUCAACUCGUCGAAUAAAAGAAAUGAUGAAAUACAGUUUCCUUUCUAUAAAACAUCUUUAAAACUGCCUUCACUUACUGUUUACUAUUACUUAUUAAAAUCAGAGAUAUGAGCAAUAUUUCCAACAAUACAAAAAUUGCUUAAAAGUAAUGAUAAUUUAAAUGCGAUAACAUUGCUCUGUUUAUGUAGCGAAAUUUCAGUGAAAUUAAAACACACUGAUUUUUUUGUCUUAAAUUAUGCGACAAACCAGGGCAAUGGCGCCUAUCAGUAAUAUCUGUGGAGACAAAUAAGCGAUCCAACAGAAAUACAAGUUAACAAACGCAUUGAUACAUUAGUAUGAUAUCUGAAAAGGAAAGAUACAAAAAUAUGCAAAUAAAUUUUUUUAGCCUUUUGUAAGAUCUUGUAUUCCGGAUUGUUCAAUUUAAGACAGUAAGAACAACAAUUUUUGCAAUAAAUCAUAAGAAAGAAGAUUUCUUUGUUUUUAAUCGUAACGAAUAUCUGGUAGUAAAAUAGAACAAUAUAUACAGUGUUUCCCAAAUAUGAUUUUAAAUGAGCUGGGAGAUGAGAAGCUUCUAAAUUGUAAAAAUAUAUAACCUGAAACAAUUACCCGUAGCCAUUUCUGAAUAUAGCUGAUAUGAAAGGAAAGCGAUGUAUCUGCUUAAACGAAUGAAGCAGCAAGCACUCAUCCUUCAUAUUGCAGUUCAUAUAAGAGACAACAGAUUUCAUUCUGAAACGGACGGAGAAAAUACAUUUGACACCUUCAAUACUCAAUAAAUUUUGUGAAUCGAAUAACUUCUUUAAAUAAUACACACAGAAAAAACUUCACAGGACUUUUUUUUUUUUUUUUAAAGAAUGGAUACUAAAUACUUUCCUAAUUUUACAAGAGAAUGAAGCAUAUUGUGAAGCACAUCAGCAACUGCAUGUAAACUUUUUUUAAUAUAAAAAUUUCAAAUUUUUUCAUUAAAAGAGGAGAGAAACGAACAAAAAUAAUUUAGAUUAUUAUUUUUUUCAAUCAAAGUUCAAUAAUCAAGAAAUGUGAAUGCCAAAUUUCCCUGCUCCAACUUAAAUAAUUGAAAACUUUUGGAGGAAUUUUUGAGUUUGGAAAUCAGUUCUUUGAAACUCGUGAAUGAGAAUUCAAUCCGUUCUUCUAAUGUAAAUGCAAUUUUGUUAUGAUUUAAGUUCACACAGUGAGCAAUGAAAAGAAAAUACUGCAAUUGAAUUUUUAAACCAACCAGAUGCGGAAGCAUGAAAUAGGUAUUUGUUUCAUAUAAAAGUUCAAAAAUUCCUUUAAUGCAAGACAAAGAAUGUAAAAUUAAUAAUUUUAUAGCUAAUC